AUGACAUCAACAGCUACAACAACCAGCGCCUUUGAUACAACUAUUCCAAGUACAACAAUAACUACGACGACAAUUUGUUGUGAUAUUGAUAAAGAAUGUCCAAUUAAAUAUGUAACUGUAUACAACGAUCGUGCCGAAAUAACACGUUCAUAUAACAAACAAUUUGAUUUGGAAGGAACAUAUGAAUUGAUAUUGAGUGGAUUUUCAAUCCACGUCGAUCAAAAUUCAUUUCAUGUCAAAGGUGGCACGGGAAAAGCAACAAUUCUUGAAAAAGUACACGAUUUGGAUAAUGAUAUUGCACAACAUCGCCAGGAGUUAGAGCGAAUAAAUAAAAAUAUCAAUUGGUUAGAUGGUCGUGCCAAUCAUUUAAUGAACAAUACUGAAAAGAAUGAUAAUUCUCUUCAACAGAUCGAACAAUUCUUAGAUUUUUAUUAUCAAAAACUGAAAACAUUGGACGAGAGUAAAAUGAUUGAAGAAUAUGAGUUGAAAUCAUUGAGUGACCAACGUGAGAGUUUUAUAAAAGACUUAAAUACGUAUGGCACAACAUUAUCGUCAACAGUAGGGAGUGAACAUCGUGAAGUUACAAUUUUGUUGAAUGUGCAAGAUAAAAAAUGCUUGGUUAAUAUAGAAAUCUCCUAUCUUAUUUUAAACUGUUCAUGGAAAGCCAGUUACGAUGUACGAGUGAGCAGUGAAACAACACCCUCUUUGAGUGGAACACCACCAAAAUUAUCAACAUUGAAAGUAGAUUACAGAGAACCAUUUUAUCGUCUGCCAUCAAAAGAUUACAAUCAUAUGAACAAAUUGGAAAGAUCAGAAUUAUAUGCGACUAUGAAAAGCAUAUCGCCAACACGAGCGAAGCGUAGUGAGUCUGCAUUGACUGCAAAUGAUCUUGUUGAAUAUGGCAAUGGGAAUGAUGUUGAAAUACUUGUAUCUAAAGCAGAAAUGAGUUUAAGUUCAACAAGUUUUAGCAUACUACGUUCAGCUACCAUCGAAUGCGAUGGAAAACCGCACAAAGUAUCUAUUGGUGUUCUCCAAUUAGAAUCCAAAUUUACCUAUACAAUUGUGUUGAAGCUAUCGCCGUAUGCCUACUUGAAAGCUACAACCACCAAUACAUCCGAUAAACAAUUAUUAUCCGGUCCGAUUAAUGUCUUUAUGGAUAAUAAUUUCAUUGCUCAUAGUCGAAUUGAGAAUGUGUCAGCUGAUGAAAAAUUUGAUCUAUAUUUAGGUGUUGACUCCAAUGUGAAAUGUGAAUAUAAACCUGUACGUAAAGUAAAUGAAACCCAAGGACUCAUCUCCAAAGUCAAUCAUGAAUAUGUGAAACAUGAAACACAAAUAAAAAAUUUAAAAACAACUGAUAUUUGUGUCUUUAUUUAUGAUCAUUUACCAUUAUCAUCGGAUGAGAAAAUUAAAGUAAAACUCAUACUACCACAAGAUAUCGGUAAAUUAAAAGAACAUUCAACAACAUCCGUGUCAUCUAUAAUAAAUGAUGAUAAUAAUGUGGAGUGGAAAGUGUUAUUGAAAGCAAAAGAGGAAUGUAAAUUACCAUUGGAAUAUUUCAUUGAAUGGCCAAAAGACAAGCAACUUGAUUAUAACCAUUGA